GAGCAGCCGCCGGUGUUUUGUUCCAGAGAGCUCCAUCCAUCAUGGCGAUGCACGCUAAGGCGACUCCACCGCAGAUCCCGGACACCCGCCGGGAGCUCGCUGAGCUGGUGAAGAGGAAACAGGAACUCGCUGAGACGCUGGUGAACUUGGAAAGACAAAUAUACGCAUUUGAAGGCAGCUACCUAGAAGACACUCAGAUGUACGGAAACAUCAUCAGAGGAUGGGACCGAUACCUCACCAACCAGAAAAACUCCAACAGUAAGACUGACAGAAGAAACAGGAAAUUCAAGGAAGCAGAACGUUUAUUCAGCAAGUCGUCUGUCACAUCAGUUGCAGCGGUUUGUGCGCUCGGUGGGAUUCCAGAUCACAUGAAUGAAAAGCGUGAAGCAGGCAGCGGCACAGAAAGCGACACCUCCCCGGACCUGCAGAACCAGGAGAACGAGCCGAGCCAGGAGGACACGGAGGACGUGGACUCGACCCUGCAGGACCUGAAGCCUCAGAAAGCCGCCUCCUCCUCCUCCUCAGGCAGCCAUCACGGGAGCCACAAGAAGAGGAAGAACAAAAACAGACACAGGUUUGACAUGAAGGUGAACAAGAAACCCAGAGCUGAUUAUUCCACCUAACAAAGCCGCCGGGCGCAUCUGGACACACUCGAGGAAACGUGUAGAGAAACACAACAUUUCUGGACUUUGUGAACUUUGUAUACCUGAUUUUAUUUUGUCGUCAUUUUUCAGCCUGUACUGUGUGUAUCGCUUGAAACAUUCCCCCCCCGGCCACCUGCCUCCGGUCCCGGUUCAGAUUCUGAGCUGCCGGUUAGCGUAGAACCACGGCGUUGCAUGUUACUCGCGGCCCGUCGAGGCAAACCUCCAGUAACAUCUUGUAUAGUGUUAAAAAACAAAAAGAAGACUGUAUUUAUUAUGUCGCUAAUUUUCAUGUUUCCCAUUGUAAGAAGGUUUUUGUCGAGCGCCACAUAGUCGUAACCCCUCCUGCCCCGACCCUGAAUUCUUUUAUGACAUUGUUUGUUUUGCAAAAAAAUAAUAAAAGAGCGGUAACGUGAACAA